CGCCGGUUGCGGGCCGGGGACUGAUAUCGGUGCGCUGUGUUGUGCAGGUUUUCGCGAAUUACCCUACCAUUACCAGGACCAUGGCCACCGACUCGUGGGCCCUGGCGGUGGACGAACAGGAGGCGGCUGUCAAAUCGAUGAGCAGUUUGCAGAUCAAGGAAGAGAAGGUCAAACCAGAUACCAAUGGUGUUAUCAAAACCAGUACCACUGCAGAGAAGACAGAUGAAGAAGAGAAAGAGGACAGAGCUGCCCAGUCUUUACUCAACAAGCUGAUCCGAAGCAACCUUGUGGAUAACACUAACCAAGUGGAAGUCCUGCAGCGGGAUCCGAACUCCCCGCUCUACACAGUGAAGUCUUUUGAAGAGCUUCGACUGAAGCCACAGCUUCUCCAGGGAGUCUAUGCCAUGGGCUUCAAUCGACCAUCCAAGAUACAAGAGAAUGCGUUACCCAUGAUGCUUGCUGAACCCCCACAGAACCUGAUUGCCCAGUCUCAGUCUGGCACUGGAAAAACAGCUGCCUUUGUCCUGGCCAUGCUUAGCAGAGUAGAACCAGCAGGCAGAUACCCUCAGUGUCUCUGCCUCUCCCCUACAUAUGAAUUGGCACUUCAAACAGGAAAAGUGAUUGAGCAGAUGGGCAAAUUUCAUCCAGAACUAAAGCUUGCUUAUGCUGUUCGAGGCAAUAAAUUGGAAAGGGGUCAGAAGAUCAGUGAGCAGAUUGUCAUUGGUACCCCUGGGACUGUCCUGGACUGGUGCUCCAAGCUCAGGUUCAUUGACCCUAAGAGGAUCAAGGUAUUUGUUCUGGAUGAGGCCGACGUGAUGAUAGCCACUCAAGGCCACCAAGAUCAGAGCAUCCGCAUCCAGAGGAUGCUGCCCAGGAACUGCCAGAUGUUGCUUUUCUCUGCCACCUUUGAAGACUCUGUGUGGAAGUUUGCCCAGAAAGUGGUCCCAGACCCUAACAUUAUCAAACUGAAGCGUGAGGAGGAGACAUUGGACACCAUUAAGCAGUAUUAUGUCCUGUGCAAUAACAGAGACGAGAAGUUCCAGGCCUUGUGCAACCUGUAUGGGGCCAUCACCAUCGCACAAGCCAUGAUCUUCUGCCAUACCCGCAAAACAGCUAGUUGGUUGGCAGCAGAGCUCUCAAAAGAAGGCCACCAGGUGGCUCUGCUGAGUGGAGAAAUGAUGGUGGAGCAGAGGGCUGCUGUGAUUGAGCGCUUCCGAGAGGGCAAAGAGAAGGUUCUGGUGACCACCAAUGUGUGUGCUCGUGGCAUCGAUGUUGAACAAGUGUCUGUCGUCAUCAACUUCGAUCUUCCUGUGGACAAGGACGGGAACCCAGACAACGAGACCUACCUGCACCGGAUUGGGCGCACUGGCCGCUUUGGCAAGAGAGGCCUGGCCGUGAACAUGGUUGACAGCAAGCACAGCAUGAACAUCCUGAACAGAAUCCAGGAACAUUUUAAUAAGAAGAUAGAAAGAUUGGACACAGAUGAUUUGGACGAGAUUGAGAAAAUAGCCAACUGAGAAGCUCUACCAGCCACUGGUGCCCGCCCUCGGGGCUGCCCCUGCCCAGGAGACGAGUGCUUUCAUGGCACAAGCCUCAACUGUCACCACAAAGACAAAGGCAUGAGGAGAGAAGCUACCUACCUCAUUUUAAAUUAUGUUUGGACUUGACAAAAAUGUGUGCAAAUAAUGGGAGACAAUUGAAAUUUUGCAUUUUGGAAAUAGUCCUAAAUUCCCCCCUUUUAAAAUAUGAUUUUCCCUAUCUUUAUAGUAAUCUGGUUGCUGAUGGUAAUCACUUAUCCAGGGCCUCCCUACCUACUGUCUUUCUGGCAGGGGGGCUUAGGACCAGCCUACAGCCCUGAAGAAAUGACAGGUAGAUGUCCUCAGGAGAGGCAGGGCAAGACAUGAGUAUUGUCCCACACCAUGGGUGGAGUGAAGCCAGAGGCUUCUGCACUGCCCCUCUCCUGUACUUGUUGUGAAUGUUUCUCCUACCCUCAAAUAUCAUCCUGCUGGUUGCUUUACCUUUGCUGUCUGUCUGCAUUGGAAGCUUCCCUCUUUCUCCCUGAUGAACACCAUGGCUCCUUUUAUGAACUUGAGAUUUGGGAAGAAGCAUGGAAGUCAGUGAGAUUGUUUUGGCACGAGUGGUCAAAUUCUUUGAGGAUCUGGGCCUGCUUUCCCCUUUCUAUUUCUCCAAAUACUGUGGGUCCUGGUUGUGGCCACCAGGAGACUUGGCCCAGUUAGCUAGUUCUUAUCCAUGGGGUGUCACGCAGUGCCUGGAGCUGAGCAGAGUUUGGAAAGGAAGUUGUGACCAAGUGAAACUCUAAUUAUGCUGUUAUCCAUAAUAGUGGACUUUUUUGGGUACUUAAUUCAUACAUUAUAUGUAUGAAUAAGGACAGAUAAAUUAUAUGCAUCAUUCAUUAUAAGAAAUUUUAAAGUAAUUAUGAGAAAGGC